UAUUUUUUAUUAUUAAUUUGUCAUAAAUCGAUCCGCCCCUGUUUUCCGUUAUUCAUUUAUACAGUUAGUUACGCCACCGCAAUUGCCGGCUUUCUGACAUUCUCAGGCGUGUGCCACGUGUCUACUUUCAUCCCACUCCUCCCAUCAUUCCAUUUCUAUCUAUCGACGAUACUCAAUAGCGAUCCAUGAUUUCUCGAUUUCUUGCUCAUAGAAAGAAAAAGAAAGAGGAAAGAUUCACCAUGUCCGCUCCAGGUGUACAGUUACACAUCCAACAACACCAUGUGGUGAUGGAUAAUGGCAUAGUCCAAGUUACAUUAUCAAAUCCAGGUGGAAUUGUCACCGGAAUCCGAUAUAAUGGCGUUGACAAUUUGCUUGAAAUUCUCAAUAAGGAGACUAAUAGAGGGUAUUGGGAUCUUGUUUGGAGUGCACCAGGAGUCAAAGGAUAUUUUGAUGUGAUUAAUGGAACAUGUUUUGAAGUUAUAGUUCAAAAUGAGGAACAGGUGGAGCUUUCAUUCAAGAGAAUGUGGGAUCAUUCUCUUGAGGGAAAGUUUGUCCCCUUAAACAUUGACAAAAGAUUCAUUCUGCUCCGUGGUUCAUCAGGCUUCUACUCUUAUGGAAUUUAUGAGCACUUACACGGAUGGCCAGAUUUUGAUAUGAGUGCGAGGAUCACUUUCAAGCUUAGAAAAGACAAGUUUCAGUACAUGGCUAUGGCAGACGAUAGGCGAAGGAUUAUGCCUUUUCCGGAGGAUCGAUUACCAGGAAGAUGCCAACCCUUGGCCUACCAAGAAGCGGUCCUACUAGUCAAUCCUAAGAAUCCACAAUUGAAAGGAGAGGUGGAUGACAAGUAUCAAUAUUCAUGUAAGAACAUAGACAAUCGAGUCCACGGGUGGAUAUCUUUCAACCCACCUGUAGGAUUCUGGCAGAUCACACCUAGUGAUGAGUUUCGUUCUGGUGGACCCUUCAAGCAGAAUUUGACCUCGCAUGUAGGACCGACCACACUUGCCAUGUUUCUUAGUGGUCACUAUGCCGGACAAGAUUUGGUACCCAAAAUCAGAGGUGGUGAACCGUGGAAGAAGGUUUUUGGUCCUGUAUAUAUUUAUCUCAAUUCUGGACCAACUGGUGAUGACCCACUCUUUUUAUGGGAGGAUGCAAAAAUAAAGAUGAUGAAUGAAGUUCAAAGUUGGCCAUAUUUAUUCCCCGCUUCUGAGGAUUUUUUAAAACCACAUCAACGAGGCAACGUCAGUGGCAGAUUACUUGUCUUAGACAGGUACAUCAGCACUGAUUUAAUAUCAGCAAAUGGCGCUUAUGUUGGUCUGGCUCCACCGGGAGAUGCAGGGUCAUGGCAAAGAGAAUGCAAGGACUAUCAAUUCUGGACCAGAGCAGAUGUGAAUGGAUUUUUUACGAUUAGCAAUGUACGUCCAGGUGACUACAACCUUUUUGCCUGGGUACCUGGUUUUGUUGGAGACUACAGAUUUGGUGAUUCUGUGAAGAUAACCUCAGGUUCUUGCAUUGAAUUGGGGGAAAUUGUAUUUGAACCUCCAAGGGAUGGCCCCACAUUGUGGGAAAUAGGUAUUCCUGAUAGAUCCGGUGCAGAAUUUUAUGCUCCUGAUCCCAAUCCACAGUAUAUAAAUAAGGUUCUUAUCAACCAUCCAGACAGGUUCAGGCAGUAUGGAUUGUGGGAAAGAUAUUCAGAGUUAUAUCCGGAUGCAGAUUUGGUUUACACAAUUGGUGUUAGUGACUAUAGGAAGGAUUGGUUUUACGCUCAGGUUCCCAGAAAAAAAGUGGAUAACACUCAUGAAGGAACAACUUGGCAAAUCAAGUUUGAACUCGGUGGUGUUAUUCAAGGAACUGUAUAUAAACUGAGAGUUGCAAUUGCAUCUGCAACAUUAGCUGAAUUGCAGAUUCGAGUCAAUGACCCCAAUGCAAGGCGUCCUGUAUUUACCACCGGAUUAAUAGGAAGGGAAAACACAGUUGCAAGACUAGGAAUUCAUGGACUCUAUUGGCUGUACCAUGUGAAUAUAUCAAGUUCUCUUUUUAUUGAUGGCACAAAUACUAUAUAUUUUACACAGCCAAGAUGCACCAGUCCUUUCCAGGGUUUCAUGUAUGACUAUAUUCGUUUGGAAGGCCCACCUUGUUCUUAAGAAGAAAUUUAACCUAGCCUUGAAAAUUAAAUGAUACAGAAUAGCAGUGCUUUUUGUGUGUGUUUUUUUAAUGAAACAGUGAAUGUAUUUAUUUGUGAACAUUGUAUACAUGUUAUUUAUUUAUAUUAAUAUUGUACUUUUUAA